GUCCAAAAAGCGAAUCAAUCAACCGGCACACCUGUCUGCCAGACGGGCGACUUUCCCCCGCACGAAUCGAUCAACGGGUACUGUCGCGCACACGCACGUUACCAUACCCGAAGGCGGCCACAAUCAGACUGAUCCUUGCUUCGUUUCCUUCGCAUCCGAGAAGACACAGUCAGCGGUCGGCAAAAUGGCACUGAAGAUGGUAAAAGGUAACCUCGAACGGAUGUUUGACAAAAACCUUACCGAUCUCGUACGAGGCAUACGAAACAACAAAGAUAACGAGGCCAAGUACAUUGCACAGUGCAUCGAAGAGAUCAAGCAGGAACUUCGGCAGGACAACGUGAACGUCAAGAGCAAUGCGGUUGCCAAGCUAACUUACUUGCAGAUGUGCGGCUACGACAUCUCCUGGGCCGGGUUUAACAUCAUCGAGGUGAUGAGCUCGAACCGGUUCACCUGCAAGCGAAUCGGUUACCUUGCUGCCAGCCAGUGCUUCCAUCCGGACAGUGAAUUGCUCAUGCUAACGACCAACAUGAUCCGGAAGGAUCUAAGCUCCACAAACCAGUACGAUGCAGGCGUUGCCCUGUCCGGGCUGAGUUGCUUCAUCUCGACCGAUCUGUCGCGGGAUCUCGCCAACGACAUCAUGACGCUGAUGAGCUCCACUAAACCGUAUCUGCGCAUGAAGGCGGUGCUGAUGAUGUACAAAGUGUUCCUCCGGUAUCCAGAAGCGCUACGGCCUGCCUUUCCAAAGCUGAAGGAAAAACUCGAAGAUCCGGACCCGAGCGUACAGUCCGCGGCCGUGAACGUCAUCUGUGAACUGGCUCGGAAAAAUCCGAAAAACUAUCUGUCCCUGGCGCCCAUCUUCUUCAAGCUGAUGACCACUUCGACCAACAACUGGAUGUUGAUCAAAAUUAUAAAACUGUUCGGUGCUUUAACUCCGCUAGAACCCAGAUUAGGCAAAAAGCUAAUUGAACCGUUGACCAAUUUAAUCCAUAGUACCUCGGCGAUGAGUCUGUUGUACGAAUGCAUCAAUACCGUGAUUGCGGUACUGAUAAGCAUCAGCAGCGGCAUGCCGAACCAUAGCGCUUCCAUACAGCUGUGCGUCCAGAAGCUCCGCAUCCUGAUCGAGGACUCGGAUCAAAAUCUGAAAUAUCUCGGCCUGCUCGCCAUGUCCAAGAUCUUAAAAACACAUCCGAAGAGUGUGCAGACGCAUAAGGAUCUGAUACUGGCGUGUUUGGACGACAAGGACGAAUCAAUCCGUUUGCGAGCGCUCGAUUUGCUAUACGGCAUGGUGUCCAAGAAAAACUUGAUGGAAAUCGUGCGCCGACUGCUCGGCCAUAUGGAGCGUGCCGAAGGGUCAUCGUAUCGUGACGAACUGCUGUACAAGGUGAUUGAAAUUUGCUCGCAGGGUUCGUACCAGUACGUCACCAACUUCGAAUGGUACCUCACCGUACUGGUGGAGUUGAUUUUGCUCGAGUCGGGUUCGCGUCACGGCCGCUUAAUUGCUGCCCAACUGCUGGAUGUGGCGAUACGCGUCCAAGCGGUGCGUACAUUCGCCGUGAACGAGAUGGCAACACUGCUAGACACGUACCCAGUUACGGCAGCACCGAACGGUACGAUGCAGGAAGUACUGUAUGCGGCUGCCUGGAUUGUAGGCGAGUUUGCAACCCAUCUGGAAGGACCAGAGCGUACGUUGGGCGUACUGUUGCAACCGAAGCCGGUCACUGGUCACAUCCAGGCAGUGUACGUACAAAACGCGCUGAAACUGUUUGCCCAUCUGGUUGGUGAAGCUGUACGCAAUCGGGAUGCUGCCGCCAUCGAUCGGUAUUGUCAGAAGUUGCACGAAGGCCUUCGCAGCUACCUCAGCUCGGCCGACAUUGAAGUGCAGGAGCGUGCCAGUUCCGUGUAUUUUUUGGUUGCGCUGCUCCGUGAAUCGCUUGGUGCAGCCGAACAGACUGUACCGCUGGGCGGUUUGCUGGAACUAGCGCCCGAUACGCCCGAAAUUGGAACAACUGCUGGUGAGGAAGAUGGAAAUAUCUCGAACACGAUGACGAAUGCUACCUCAGGCUACGCCAGUGCCGCAUGGGAUGAGAUUGAGCAGAUUGCCACAGAUCUGCAGGGAUUAUUUGUUAGCGAGUUGAAUCCGGUCGCACCGAAAGCCCAGCGGAAGGUGCAACUGCCAGACGAUCUCGAUCUGGACGAGUGGAUCAAUCAACCGCCGCCAUCGGCAGAAGCGAGUAGCGCCGACGGUAGUUCCAGCGAUGAAGACUCGAAAUUCCCACUAUUUCUUACGGACGGUGCAGGUCGGGGUGGUGCUGGCGGUGAGCGUGAAACAAACGGCGGUGGAUCACGUUCAUAUAAGCGCAUAGAAUACACACAGGAAGAGCUUGAUAAGAUGAGACAAGCACGACUCCUGGAGCAAACAAACAAUCCCAACUAUCUUAAACCGGCCAAAAAGAAGACUCCAACUACCGACUAUCAGCAGCAGCAGCAUGACGGUUACGACGAUAUCCCGAUCGCUGAGAUUGUGUUAGAGGUGCCUCUUCAAAUACAUUCCACUAAACGAUCCGAUAAGUAUCUGAUGAAUGCGGACCGGUCGACGCGUGUAUUCGUUGGAAAGGGUGGAGAAUCCUCGCGAAAGAGCAAAAACGAAAAGAGCGAAUCGGGCAAGAAGUCAAAGCGGCACGGCAAGAAGAGCAAACGCUAUUCGGACGAAUCUGAUUCGGAAAGCGAUGACCCCAAACCACUGCACGUCGUAAACACGGUCAUUGAGGUGCCGGAAGGUGCAAUACUGUCCGACACAGAGGACAAGAAUAAUGCUGACCCGAAUGACCCGCACCGGGCGCUCGAUAUUGAUCUGGAUGCUCCGUUCGACGAUGACUAUCCAGCGGAUUUGAAACGAAAACCGGCCAGCACCACCCAACACCACAGCGUGAUGCUGUUACGGGACGGAGACGCUAGUACCAACGCCAAAGCCACCACGCGAAUCGAUCCGACUGGUCCUAGUAAGGAACAAUACCUUCCACGGCACGGCAGCCGCUCGUCAUCGAAGCACUCGAAACCAACCACGGAUACCAGCAUCGUACUAGAGAACAGUACGCGGGAAAAGCAAAAGAAGAAGAAAAAAUCUUCCAACAAAGAACAAUCGUCUUCGUCCAGUGUGAAAAAGAUGGCCAACGCCAACGAAGACACAAUGAUGCUGAUGAUCGACGACGAACCGUGCAAAGUGGAACAGACCAAGGCUGCGAAGGGACGAACGAAACAGGAGGAAAAAGAAUCGGUAGUUGCCACCACCGUAGAGCAGGAGGAGGAAGCUAAGGGCAAGAAGAAAAAGCACAGCAAAAAGUCAUCGAAACAUCGUCAUCAUAGUAAACGGGACGAAGACCGACAAAAGGCGGGUUACGAAGAGAUGCCGGCGCAAGCAGCGGGCGGAAACGGUGCCGGCAGUAAGGAUGCAAUUUAAUAUUUGCGUUUACGCGUGCAACCAUUGUUAGGUGUGACAGUUAGCGAUUAUGUGUUACAUUAGGCA